CAGCAUUUUACUGGUAUUUAGCCUCCUGCCGAUGUAUUGGUUGGGCCACAAAUAUCGCAGGAAAGAUUUUACAGAAAUAGGAAAUGUUUGCAAUUCGAUAAUGAGACAUCGUGUUUAAAACAGCAGCUUGUGAAAAAUGUAAUUAUAGUUAAUGCGCUAAUAUGAGGGAUAAAUGCAUGUAGUAUGGACCAAGUACAACUCAAUAAUGAGUUUUUAAGCAUUGACUGCCAUUGGCUAAAAGUCAGAUGGCCCAAAUCCAAAUGAUAUAUAACCUGCUAGACUUGUCCUACUUAAUAACAACCACAGUCAUACCCACCUGUCGAUGAGGGCUGGAAGAAAAGACAAGACAGAAGACUGCUAGACAGAAACAGAAUGGCACAUCAGUGCAUAAGAAGAAGGAAGACUUCUCAGGAUUGCCUUGCAGACAGAGAGGGAAAGUCUACUUUUCUGAAAAUCGUAUAGCCACAACAAUGACUUUUUCAAGACCUGGUUGAAAUGAAAAAACAUGAAUUAUGCAGAUGUGGAGUUUGUGCGGACUGGCUAUGGAAAGAACACAGUGAAAGUAAUGUACAUCAGGAGAGAGGGGACACACCACUACAUCAUAGAACUGAAGGCAGACGUGCAGCUGACACUCAAGACUCACAAAGACUACCUGCAGGGGGACAACUCGGACAUCAUCCCCACUGACACCAUCAAGAACACUGUGCAUGCUUUGGCCAAGCUUAAAGGGGUCAGGACCAUUGAGCAGUUCGCUUUAGACAUCUGCGGACACUUUUUGACAGCCUUCAAACAUGUCACCCGAGCCAGGGUGAACAUUGAAGAGGCUCCAUGGAAAAGACUAGAGAAGAAUGGUGUAGAGCACAGCCAUGCAUUCAUCUGCACCCCAGAAUCUUGCCGCUUUUGUGAUGUUGAGCAAAAUCUAAAUGAGAACCCUGUGAUCCACAGCGGAGUUAAGGACAUGAAGGUUCUAAAGACCACGCAAUCUGGCUUUGAGAACUUCCUGAAGGACAGGUUCACCACACUUCAGGAAACUAAGGACAGGUGCUUCUGUACCUCUGUGUACUCCAGGUGGCGCUACAAUACACACAAGGAUAUCCCCUUCGACUUAAUAUGGAAGACUGUCAGAGACAUUAUCAUUGAGAAGUUUGCAGGUCCCUAUGACCGCGGUGAAUAUUCUCCUUCUGUUCAGAAGACCCUGUACGACACACAGACUAUAGUGCUCAGCAGAAUACCAGAGGUAGAAGAAAUAGAGAUAAUCAUGCCAAACCAGCAUUAUUUCACCAUUGACAUGACGAAAAUGGGACUUUCCAACAAGGAUGAGGUCCUCUUGCCACUGGACAACCCCUCUGGGAUCAUCACAGGAACAGUGAAGAGGAAACAUGCAAAACUGUGAGAAAUCAAGGGCAGGAGAUACAGCUGUCUCAAAGAAUUUAAUAACCACAAGAUAUAUACAGGUUUCCCAUAUGAGUAACAGAAGAAUGGGUUUUCCUAUCUGAAGCCAAUUUUCAUAUUAAUAUAUUGCAAAUAAAGUCCAAUAAAUAGUC